CAGUAUUGUAGUCUGAAUCCAUUCAGUUGUGUGAAAAACGUGCACGCGAAUGACGUGUUACUGUUGUUAUUAUUUUAUACGAUUUAAUAUAAUCUAUAUAAAUGUUAUUAUUUAAUACGAAUACGGAAUACACAGUUUUGUGUUAAGGAUUUUUGUGGUUCUUUUAUCGCUUCAGACUGAUAAAUUUGUAAAAAAUUAUUGAACUAUCAACAUGGAGAGAGGCAGAAGAGUACAAUAUUUCGCGGCAUUUGCUUUAUCUCUAGCAACCGCCACAAUGGGAGUUAUAUCUGCGUGGCCAACACCUGUUUUACCAAAACUUCACAAUAAUGAAACAAGUUUUAACAUAACGGAUAAUGAAAUAGCGACGAUGCUGGCCAUGUCUUCCCCAGGCUUUGUAUUGGGCAGCUUGGCUACAAGAUUUGUCUCUGAUAUGUUUGGAAGACGAGCAACAGUUCUCACUAGUGCUGCACCGUUUGGUACCGGAAUGUUAAUCGCGGCUACAGCAUCCCAAGCUUGGCUCCUCUGCGUAAUGAAAUUACUUUGGGGAUUUGGAACGGGGAUGGUUGCUACUGUUAUCUCGAUUUACCUAGCUGAAAUAUCAGAUAAAGACCUGCGCGGUAAACUUUCCGUCGGCACCAGGUUUAUGUUUAACUUCGGAAGUCUUCUAAUGAUAUCCAUAGGGCCAUUCUUAUCGUACGACAUCCUGAAUUAUUCUAUAUCAGUGCUCCCUUUGAUCUUCUUUGUGGCUUGUCUGUGUAUUCCUGAGUCACCAUAUUUCUAUCUGAAGGAGGGCAAAGUUGAACAAGCGAGAAGAGCUUUGUCGCGGUUGAAAGAGAAGGAGAACGUCGACACUGAAUUGGAAAUGAUGAGACAGGAUGUAUCAAAGGAGAUGAAAAACUCGAGUUCAACCGUGGAGCUAUUCACGGGCAAGCAGUACAGACGCUCAAUCAUUAUAGCUGCAGGGUUAAAAAUAACUCAGAUAAUGACCGGAGCUGUAACGAUCCAGCAAUACUUGGGAAGGAUAAUGCAGGAAAUUGACUCUGAUAUGAAACUCUCCACGCUUCUUAUUAUAUUUGGUGCUGUUAAAUUUCUCGUUGGUAUUAUGUCAUCAUGUUUAGCGGACAGAGUCGGGCGGCGACCACUCCUCAUAUAUUCGUUUUUAGGUACAGGGGUGUCCUUAGCGAUAGCCGGCUCAUAUUUUUUCCUACAAGAGGUUGUUCGUAUUGACCAUUCGUCACUUCGUACUUUUGGGUAUAUCCCUUUUGUCGCCAUAAUCUUCUCUAAUGUCAUUUCAACCGUUGGAUUCAAUUCCAUUAUUGGAAUUAUUCCAGCAGAAAUCUUCCCUUUGAAUGUCAAAGCCGUCGCAAUGACGUCACUGAACGUUUUUGGAGGUUUCUUAGGUUUUUCAGUAGCGAAGAGCUAUCAAGCGAUCAAGAAUAUUUCUGGUCUUUGGGGAGUGUUCUUGAUAUUCGCCUUAGUAGCAAUAUCAGGUGCUAUUUUUUCAUAUUUCAUUGUACCUGAAACGCGGGGGAAGAGUUUACGUGAGAUACAAGAUAUUUUAAAUACCGGUGUUAAUGAUGUUCCUGAGGGGGAAAGUGGGGUCGAAUGUACUGAAUUGAAGCAACUGAGGGAGGAAAAUGAUAUUAAUCAUAAGUGUUAGUACUAGUAGUUGUUCGUUUUGAAAUAAUUAUUGUAUUGAUAUAUUGUAUUGUAUACGAAUUUUUCAAAUUUAUAAAAAAAAUACAUUAAACGCGCGAACCGUCACCCCCAUUUUACCCCUUCGAGCGACGAAUUAAAUAGACUAUGUCCUUCCCCAGGACUCAAACUAUCUAUAUACCAAAUUUCAUCUAAAUCGGCUCAGCGGUUUAAGUGUGAAAAAGUAGCAUUUAUAUUAUUAGUAUGAUAUAUUUUAGAUUUAAGUGUCAAAGUGACUUCACUGAGCAACUUUGUGAUAUUUUUGUACGUUUUUUGUAGAUUUGAAUACAUACGUAAUAAAAAAGAACUAACUACAUAAAGGUACUGAAUAUGAUAAUAUUUACGGCUAUUUUUAUACAUUUUAAAUGAAUAAGUAUAACCUGGAACUAAACGCUGUUGAUACGAUGGAAUAUUUUAUGAUUAGGUCAAGGACAUGAGUCAGUACGAGUUAAGUCUGAUACUGUUACGAUAAGAUACUUGUAGUUAGUUAUGUAUUUUUGGAGCGUACCACUUACUAGUAAACAAUGGCAUUUACUGUUUCCUACUGUUUUCAGUAUUUUUGGUCCUUUGUAUUUAAAAUACGACUUAUUCCUACUUAUUGGGUUAUGGGCGCAGGCAGGAUUAUUUUCAAGGAGGUCCAUGAACAUCUCCACAUUAUACUAAGUAACCAAGAGGUAAGUACGUGCAAACAAUAGCGUACUAUCCGACGUGAUGACACGUGACGUCAGUCAGAGAGAAGAGUUAGUCAUAUAGUCUGUACUUAUAAGUACGUACGUACAGUUCAAUGUAAUAAAAUAGUAAUGAACAACAAAAUAGGAGCUUUAGUUUUCUUUUAAACGGUGAUUUUAGAAAGAAAAAAAUGUAUCUUACGACUUCUGUUUCUUGCCUAGCAGGCGUCCAUGUUAUAAUUUUAUUUUGUGUAACAUGAACCAAAGAUUCCAAUAUAUAGUUUUUUUUUUAAGUCAAAAUUCCUAAUACGCUAAGGUAUAAUCAUUUUCAACAACCGUAUAUAUAUAAUAUUUUUAGUGUUUAUUUAGACAACUUGGCUAUAAUUUUGUUAAGAUUCUAGUUUUUAUUUUAAAUUAUUUCGACCUUUUAAAUAUUACUAUUAUUUGUAACCGUCAAAGGGUACGAAUUAAAUAUUACGACAGUUGUUUUAUUACCUUUUGAUGUUGACCAUACGUAUUAUUUAAAAAUACCUACAAUAAUGUUUUUAGUUUUAGUUUUUAAUUAAAAAAAAAAUAAGGCAUUUACAGGCUUUGGAUUAGAUUUACUAAAUGAUGAUGUAUAUAAAAUUAAUGUUUGUUAUUGUUCCUGCUCUAUGAGUUGUCUCGAUCGUAAAGGUCACUGGUAUUGUACCACCGAUUGUAGACAAUGCAAAGCAUAUAUUAGCUUGAAAACUAUUAAUAAUAUAAUAUGUAAUUAACGUAUAUGUCGCGGCCAACUGGUUUAAUAAGCAAUUCAAUGAAACACUCGUUUGACCACCGGCCUGGUUUGUACCAGCCAAUUCAUCUUCCGUUUUAAAUAUGAUAUGAAAUUACAAAUAAAAAGUUUAUUAAAUGUUCGGUUCAAAAAUCAAACAUUAUUAUUAAGAAGUAUAGCUUUAAUUUGUAACUUUUAGUUCAGGAGAGAACCGUUAUUAUGUAUGACUAGGAGAGAACUACUGAUUGCUAUGUUACGCUGUUAAUGUGAUAAGACUAAAAUGUUUUGUAAUUCACAUUUUAUUAGAUUAUUAUUCAAUAAAGGCUUUUUUAAU